UACGCGUAGGUGUCAUUUACAACCCAGCAUACUGCAAUACAUCGCAGCAUACGGAAACAAACCUACAUGUAGUUUACAAGACCACUUACCAAACAGGUUCAACGUCAAGUGUUACAACGCGGCACAAUUGUCAUCAAAGCAACGCGAUUACGGCACCGGCAAUCAUCGACUGCACCACUAUACGGCACAACAUACGCCUGUACCUUGUACAAUAUGUAAAAAGUCGGCGAAUUAUCAGAAAUAUUUUUCACCGCUUAAGAAACAAGUCGCGAAGGUGCCGUUUAGCCGUGGUUUUAAUUGCACGCUUGCAGUCAUGCAUGCACAUGUAUGAUUUGUUUGGAUUUGGUGGUUGCUGAUUUUGGAUUAUGUUAUUUGGUCCAAUCGAAAAUGCUGUUACCGAUAAAGGUUAUCGCCAGUUAUUUGCGACCUAAUUAACCACAAUCUGCGCUUGCCACAUAUGAACGCGGCCGCGAAUAGUCGUGUGGCGGCAGCAUCUGCAGCGAAACGAUAAAAUGACGGAGCAGGAAAUGCAGAAUGGUGGAAACAUAUCACCGGAUCCCAAUCGUGCGCCGGGGAUCACACGUUUAUUUUUAGCUGCCAACACCUUCGCCCAAGUGGGUCCACUGCACAAUGAGAACUUUGUGGAACGCACGGCCAGUGAUGCGCAGAUUAUGCGGCUGAACAUCUCCAAAGUGGCCAACGAAGGACUGGGUUUCAGUAUCAUUGAAGGCCCGGAGAAGAACGGAAUUUAUGUGGCCUAUGUGCUGGAGGAUACGUCGGCGCGUUUAAACGGUCUGCUGCCUAACGAUGAAAUCCUGGAGGUGAACGACGAGAUCGUAACGAACAUGGACCGGCAUGCGGCUGCCGUCUGGCUGCGCUCACUGCCGCCCGGACCGGUCACGCUGAAAGUCCGCCGUGCGGGCGACAUCUACAGCGAAUCUCUGUGGUAUUAUUUGGCCAAACACCACGGUUUGACCGGCGGCUCCAACGGGAUGUACGAAGUGUUCUACGGCGCCGUGGCGGUGAAAUCGCCCCGCCCACCGCUGGAUCGCGGCAAUUCGCGGCCGGAUAUGAAUCACAGUGUGUCGCACAUGUCCGUGCCGUCGGUGGCCAGUGCCAAUCGGGUGCAGGAUAACGGCAGCGCCACCGCGAAUAAAAACGGCGGGGUGGUUGUAAUCGGUCCUGAACCGCGAAAGCAAAAUACGGAUGCGACUGAUGCUGUCACAGCGGGAAAAUUUCCAACGCGAUUAGCCAGUGUACCGUAUUUUAUUGUGUUUGCCAUCGAGGCACUCGCUGGAUUAGCCAUCAUUAUCAUCGAGUGUGUCACCGGCGGACUGUUUGCUCGUACAAUCGGUGGAGAAGAAUACGCAGGAAUCUAUGUUGGCGCGUUCGGAAUCGCCACGGGCGUCACCGGACUCGUUUGUGCUUCCAUAAAAGUUGCUCAAGAUUACGAACUAAAACUGAACAUUGUCAACAUGGUGAUGAAUAUCAUCUGCAUGGUACAGUCGCUCAUCCUCUGCUGCGCUACCGCCGCCUUGCUAGCCUAUCAUGUGCGACAGCAAAGGGAAUAUGUGGCGGCCCAGUCAGCGGCGCAAAAUGCCACCGUUACCACAACGGGAAUCCCGAAUAAUCCCGAGGUGAUGCCGGGUGAUAUCAGCGCGUUGAUCGGGCUGAAAUCAACAGCACUGGUAUUGUAUUUUAUAUUGUUCGUUGCCGCUUGUGCCUUUCUUAUUCUGCUGACUUCCGCAAGUCGAAGGCGCUCGAUGAGCAGCAGAUCUCUGCGCUUCAUGAGAGCCUAAAAUAAUUAUAAAUUAUAAUAAAGCGGGACAAAUAAAUUUAAAAAUAAGCCGUAGCCAUGGUAGUCACAAUAUGUAAAACUAAAAUGGUUCUGCAGUAACUACGAAACUCGUAAGGCAGUAUCGUAAUUUAGGAAUAGAUCAGUCAGUACUGUAACUGGCACCGGAAUACUCCAGGUAAACUAGAAAACUACAACCGAUAGGGG